GAGGGGAGGGAUGAUGGAGCUAAGAUGGCAGACCGUCUGAGGGUGCAGCCGCUCGGGGGUCAACGCAUUUCCGAGGGACAAAUGGCAACGAAUCCCCAACAUAACGAAUACUCCUGAUAUUUUGGACAUUUUAUCGGGAAUGUUCUUGUAGCUCGAGGAAGAGACGCACGGGGGGAGGAGGAGGAGGAGGAGGAGGAGGGGAGAGAGGAGGAGGACCUCGGUUGCUGAAUUAGCCCUGAUAACAAGCGCCGAUCCCGGAUAAAAUUUGUGCCAUUUUCCGCAACGUUAAAAGGGGCACGUUAUAGGUGCGCGGUGGAUUUAACAAUAUCCAGAUUGUACCCGAUGGCCGGACGUGAUUUAGCGGCUUUCUGUUUUGCGUGAUUCAUUUAUGCAUUGUGCUCCUAAACGAUGAUGUGUGCCGCUGCGGCAGCGGCCGCCGCCUGUGGAGGGAUUCUGCCCUCUUCGUCACCGUCGAUGGGGCUGGGAGUCCGGGUCAUUUACGGACUAGGAGCCGAUCUCUCCACCAUUGGGCCGGGUAUGGGUCCCUGUCCGACACCCGGAGCCCAGUCUGACUGUCGGACUCGGUACCAGCUUUUACUCUCAGGGAGAGCCCUGGCGGAAAGAUACCGGAGGAUUUAUACGACUGCCAUCAACGAUAAAGAGCAAGGACUAAAUCCAGGAAGAGGGAAGAAAGCCUUGAACAAGAAGAAGCUGAAAAGGCGACAAAAGGUCAAGUCCAAAGUCAAAUCGAGGACAAAGACGGAGAGUUUCGAUGGCGCUCUCUGCGUGCCCGACAUCAAGUUGCACAGCAACCCGUCCGCAUUCAACGUCUACUGCAACGUGCGCCACUGCGUGCUGGAGUGGCAGCAGAGGGAGGCCUCGUUGGCGCUGGCCUCCAGGAGCUCGGUGCAGAGUGGCGACUCAGACAGUGAGGAGGAGGAGGAGUACCGUGAGCCAGCUAUCAAGCUGCCAAAGAUCAUCGGCAUCGGCCUGUGUGGGGUCUUUGAGCUGAUAAAGGAGACGCGCUUCUCGCACCCCUCGCUCUGCCUGCGUAGUCUGCAGGCCUUGCUGGACAUGCUGCAGGGGCAACAGCCCGAGGGAUUCCAGACUGAGCCUCCCGAUGUGCUGGAGUCCCUUUACCAGCUGUUGCUGGAGACCACAGUCCGAAGCACGGGCCCCAACGACCCGACGGGACAGGCCAUCACUGCCCUGUCCUGCGCCUGCCUCUUCAGCCUGGUGGUCUCCUGGGGAGACACAGGCAAGAUUCUGCAGGCCGUCUCCGCCAUUCUCACCAACAAUGGCAGUCACGCUUGCCAGACGAUACAGGUGCCCACCAUAUUGAACGCCCUGCAGAGGAGUGUGCAGGCGGUUUUGGUGGGAAAGAUCCAAAUCCAGGACUGGUUUGGGAACGGCAUCAAACGUGCGGCAUUGAUGAACAAAUGGGUGCUGAAAGGCGUGACCAUCGAUGAGGACGAGCGCUGCCUCCUGCAGACGGAUGGCUCCUUUCUCUACCUGCUCUGCAAGGACGGACUUUACAAAGUGGGCUCGGGGUAUAGCGGCACUGUCAGGGGUCAUGUUUACAACUCAACAUCCCGCAUUAGGAAUCGAACAGAGAAGAGGUCGUGGCUGGGCUUCGCGCAGGGCUACUUGCUGUAUCGGGACACAGGUAACCACAGUAUGUCGGCCAUCAAGAUCAAUCCUGAGACACUGGAGCCUGAGGGGGCCGUCACCAUGCCAGGUCAACACUCGGAUGGGCAGAAUAUACUCUUUACGGACGGAGACCACAUCAACCAAAUUGCAGCCUGCAAAGAUCAGGAUGGUUUUGUGGUGCGCAUCUACACCAUGAGCUCCGACCCGAGCCUGCAGCAGGAACUGCAGCUGAAACUGGCGAGGAAGUGCCUGCACGCCUGCGGCAUCUCCCUCUUUGACCUCGAGAAGGAUCUGCACAUCAUCAGCACAGGCUUUGAUGAGGAGGCAGCGUUGCUUGGAGCUGGCCGGGAAUUUGCGCUGAUGAAAACUGCCUCUGGGAAGAUCUACUACACUGGAAAGUAUCAAAGUCUGGGCAUAAAGCAGGGAGGCCCUUCCGCCGGGAAAUGGGUGGAACUUCCUGUUACCAAAUCCCCCAAGAUCCUUCAGUUCUCCGUCGGCCACGAUGGCUCCCACGCGUUGUUAGUGGCCGAAGAUGGAAGCGUCUUCUUUACCGGUUCUGCGAGUAAAGGAGAAGAUGGAGAGUCCACUAAAAGCCGGCGACAACCCAAACCCUACAAGCCGAAGAAGAUGAUCAAAUUAGAAACCAAAAUGGCAGUGUAUACGGCGUGCAACAACGGCAGCAGCAGUAUCGUCACCAAAGACGGCGAGCUGUACAUGUUCGGAAAGGAUGCCAUUUACAGCGACAGCACUUGCCAGGUGACUGACCUGAAAGGCCACAUUGUGACCCAGGUUGCAAUGGGAAAGGCCCACACGUGCGUCCUGACCAAGAACGGGGAAGUGUGGACCUUCGGGGUGAACAACAAGGGCCAGUGUGGCAGAGACACAGGGGCCAUGAGCCAGGCUGGGAAAGCGUUCGGUGUGGAGAACAUGGCCACAGCCAUGGAUGAGGACCUGGAAGAUGAGCUCGAGGAGAAGGAGGAGAAGAGCAUGAUGUGUCAGUCCGGCAUGCACAAGUGGAAGUUGGACCAAUGCAUGGUUUGCACUGUGUGUGGCGACUGCACAGGCUACGGCGCCAGCUGCGUCAGCAGUGGGCGGCCUGAUAGAGUACCUGGAGGCAUCUGUGGCUGUGGGUCGGGAGAGUCUGGCUGCUCGGCGUGCGGCUGCUGCAAGGCAUGUGCCAGGGAGCUGGAUGGUCAGGAGGCUCGGCAGAGAGGGAUCUUCGACGCAGUCAAAGAGAUGAUCCCAUUGGAUCUCCUUCUAGCUGUGCCUGUUCCCCCCCCUCCAGGAGUGAACAUCGAGGAGCACAUUCAGAUCCGUCAGGAGGAGAAACGGCAAAGGAUCAACCGCCGACACAGGCUGGAGGAGGGACGAGGCCCCAUUGUUUUCCCCGGUACCAUUUUAAUGAACCAGCGUGAGCAAGCCCUAGCCAGAAUAAGACCCCUUCAGGCGCUAAGGCAUAAACGGGACAAGCACAAAGAUGGCAGCAGUGAGCGUGGUGAGAAAGAUGCCAGUAAAAUCACCACCUACCCGCCCGGGGCAGUCAGGUUUGACUGUGAAAUGCGGGCUGUGCAGGUCAGCUGCGGUUUUCACCACUCGGUGGUGUUGAUGGAGAAUGGAGACGUCUAUACAUUUGGUUACGGACAACAUGGCCAGCUUGGACAUGGUGACGUAAACUCCAGGGGAUCGCCAACGUUGAUCCAGGCUCUUCCGGGUCCGAGUGUCCAAGUGACGGCAGGCAGCAACCACACUGUUGUUCUUCUAGUGGACGGGCAGGUCUUCACUUUUGGUAGUUUCUCGAAAGGGCAGCUUGGGCGACCUAUCCUCGACAUGCCCUACUGGAAUGCCAAGCCAUCCCCCAUGCCCAACAUCGGCGCCAAAUACGGACGAAAGGCCACCUGGAUCGGUGCCAGCGGAGAUCAAACAUUCCUACGCAUCGACGAGGCGCUCAUCAACUCCCACGUGCUGGCCACUUCCGAGAUCUUUGCCAGCAAACACAUCAUCGGUCUCGUGCCGUCCUCCAUGUCCGAGCCGCCGCCAUUCAAAUGCUUGCUCAUCAACAAAAUGGAUGGAAGCUGCCGCACCUUCAAUGAUUCUGAGCAGGAGGACCUACAAGGGUUUGGACUCUGCCUGGAUCCUGUGUAUGAUGUCAUAUGGAGGUUCUUACCAGCUUCAAAAGAGAUGUGGUGCUAUAAUGCGGUGAUAGCAGAUGCCAGGAUGCCUUCCGCCACAGACCUACAGGCCCGCUGUAGCAUCCUCAGCCCGGAGCUUGCCUUGCCCGCGGGGUCGCUCGCCACCACAACACGCUCACAUGGCGCCCUACACAUUCUUGGUUGCCUGGACACCCUGGCGGCUAUGCAGGAGUUGAAGAUGGGUGUGGCCAGCGCCGAGGAAGAGACUCAGGCGGUGAUGAAGGUCUACUCCAAGGAAGACUACAGCGUGGUGAACCGCUUUGAGAGUCACGGUGGCGGUUGGGGCUACUCUGCUCACUCUGUUGAAGCCAUUCGCUUUUGUGCUGACGCUGACAUCUUGCUCGGGGGGCUGGGCCUGUUUGGUGGAAGAGGAGAAUAUACCGCUAAGAUCAAGCUUUUUGAACUUGGGCCUGAUGGAGGCGACCAUGAGACAGAUGGGGAUCUGCUCGCAGAGACUGACGUCCUGGCCUAUGACUGUGCCGCGAGGGAGAAAUAUGCCAUGAUGUUUGACGAGCCAGUGUUGCUGCAGUUGGGCUGGUGGUACGUAGCCUGGGCCCGGGUGUCUGGUCCCAGCAGUGACUGUGGAUCGCACGGGCAAGCUACCAUCACCACUGAUGAUGGGGUGGUAUUCCAGUUUAAAAGCUCCAAGAAGUCAAACAAUGGUACAGAUGUUAAUGCGGGUCAAAUACCUCAGCUACUUUACAGGCUGCCUUCAAAUGAUGGGAAUGCAUCGAAAGGCAAACAGCAGACCAGUGAGCCAGUUCACAUCCUGAAGCGCUCGUUUGCUCGGACAGUCUCUGUGGAAUGCUUUGAGUCUCUGCUCAGCAUCCUCCACUGGAGCUGGACCACCUUGGUUCUGGGUGUGGAGGAGUUGCGAGGCCUGAAAGGCUUUCAGUACACAGCCACCUUGCUCGAUCUGGAGAGGUUGCGCUUUGUGGGUACGUGCUGCCUCCGUCUGCUCCGGGUCUACAUCUGCGAGAUCUUCCCCAUUGCUGCCAGCACCAAAGCUGUGGUGGAGGAGUCGAGCAAGCUGGCUGAGUGCGUGGGGAAGACGCGUAGCCUGCUGAAGAAAAUCCUGUCGGAGAGCACGGACAACUGCUUGACCAAGCUGGACAACGACCCGCAGGGUUACCUGUCCCAACCCCUUACCCUGCUGGAGGCCGUGCUGCAGGAGUGCCACAACACCUUCACCGCCUGCUUCCACUCCUUCUACCCGACACCGGCGUUACAGUGGGCCUGCCUCUGUGACCUGCUCAAUUGCCUGGAUCAGGACAUUGCCGAUGCCAACUUUCGUACAUCCAGCAGCCGCCUGCUGGCGGCGGUGAUGUCAGCUUUGUGCAACACCUCGGUCAAGUUGACGUCCAUUCUGCCCAUCGCGUACGAUGGCGAGGUCCUCCUGCGCUCGCUCGUCAAGCAAGUCAGCACGGAGAACGACUCAGCCCUUGCUCACCGCUUCCCCCUACUUGUGGCCCACAUGGAGAAGCUGAGCCAUACUGAGGAGAACCUGAUGGGAAUGACAAGCUUCCGGGAGGUCCUGGAAAAGAUGCUGGUGAUCGUGGUGCUUCCGGUGAGGAAGAGCCUGAGGAAAGAGGUGGAGCUCUUCUCUCCCCACUUGGUAUCCAACACCUGUGGCCUGCUCGCCUCCAUCGUCUCUGAGCUCACCGCCUCCGCCCUGGGAUCUGAGGUUGAUGGACUGAACUCGCUCCACUCUGUGAAGGCCUCUCCCAACCGUUUCACCAAGACGAGCCAGGGCCGUAGCUGGAACACUGGCAAUGGUUCCCCGGAUGCCAUCUGCAUGACCGUUGACAAGCCGGGCGUUGUCUUGGUGGGCGUCUGCGUGUACGGAGGUGGCGGCAUCCACGAGUAUGAGCUGGAGGUGCUCGCUGACGAUGCACAGACCGAGCACCCGGGGGACUCUGCCCACUCUCAUCGGUGGACAUCUCUUGAGCUGGUUAAAGGAACAUACAGCACUGAUGAUUCUCCCAGUGAUAUUGCGGAGAUUCGCCUGGACAAGGCAGUGCCGCUCAAGGAAGGGGUGAAGUAUGCUGUGCGAUUGCGCAACUACGGCAGCCGCACUGCAAAUGGGGAUGGCGGCAUGACCACGGUUCAGUGCUCAGAUGGUGUGUCCUUCACCUUCAGCACUUGUAGUUUGAGCAGCAACGGUACCAACCAGACGCGAGGACAGAUCCCUCAGAUUCUCUAUUACAGGAGCGAGUACGAUGGCGAUCUCCAAUCCCAACUGCUGAGCAAAGCCAACGAAGAGGACAAAAAUUGCAGCCGGUCACUGUCUGUGGUCAGUGCUGUGGUCAGAGCGGCCAAGGACUUGCUUCAUAGGGCUUUUGCUGUUGAUGUGGAUGACAUCCCUGAGCUGUUAAGCUCCUCCAGCCUCUUUUCCAUGCUGCUUCCCCUUAUCCUGGCCUACAUCGGCCCUGUGGCAGCAUCUGUUCCAAAGGCUGCCGUCGAGGUCUUUGGACUGGUCCAAGAGCUCCUUCCUGCCGUCUCGGCCUUAAACCAAAAGUAUGCCCCACCCACGUUUAACCCCAACCAAUCGACAGACAGCACAACCGGCAACCAGCUGGAGCAAGGACUGUCGGCUUGCACAACCUCCAAUCACUACUCCGUGAUUGAAAGUGACCACCCCUAUAAACAGGCCGGGGUCACACAAUAUAAGGUUUCGUUUCCCGAAUGUGUGCGUUGGACAAGCAUCGAGUUCGACCCGCAGUGUGGCACCGCUCAGCCAGAGGACGUCCUCAGACUGCUCAUCCCCAGCCGCACUCUUCAUCUGUCCUGCUUGGGCGGCAAACCUCUGGUCCAUGACACCAUCAACACCUGGACCGAGCUCAGGAAAUUCUCGGGCUCAACGGGCUGGCCGACCGCAGUUCUCGUGCUGCCGGGAAAUGAGGUCCUGUUUUCCCUGGAAACUGCCUCGGAUUAUGUGAAGGAUGAGAAGGCGUCCUUCUAUGGCUUUAAGUGUGUUGCGGUGGGAUAUGAAUUCAACCCAGGUCCUGAUGAGGGCAUCAUUCAGCUGGAGAAAGAGUUGGCGUACUUGGGUAGUAUGUGUGCUGCAGCUCUGAUGAAGAAAGACCUGGCACUCCCGAUAGGCAAUGAACUAGAGGAGGACCUCGAGAUCCUAGAGGAGGCCUCUCUCCAGGUGUGUAAAGCCCAUGCAGGGAUCCUGAGCAAGGGUCUGGCUCUUUCCCACCCCCCAAUCAUCCUCGAGGCCCUGGAGGGGAACCUACCCUUGCACCUCCAAACCAACGAGCACUCCUUCCUUGAGGACUUCAUCACAUGUGUGCAGAACUCAAGCGGAGGACGCCUCGCGAGGUGGCUGCAACCAGAUUCCUACGCCGACCCCCAGAAAACAUCUCUGAUCCUAAACAAAGACGACAUACGCUGCGGAUGGCCAGCUACUAUUGUUGUCCAGACCAAAGAUCAAUAUGGAGAUGUGGUUCACGUUCCGAACAUGAAGGUGGAAGUAAAGGCCGUUCCCGUUUCUCAAAAGAAGUCGCUGCAGCCCGAAAAUGUGAAAAAACUCCAGCGACUCACCGGAAGCCCCUCCUCGCCAGCGUCUUCAGGUCCCGACCUCACCUUUGGAGGUCUGCCAGCGCCCAAGCUGGAGGCCACGUACGAGCCUAUGAUUGUGAAAGAAGCUCGCUACAUCGCCAUCACCAUGAUGAAGGCAUAUGAAACCUACUCUUUUGAGGAGCUGCGGUUUGCUUCCCCCACUCCAAAGAGGCCCAGUGAGAACAUGCUGAUACGUGCCAACACUGACGGAACCUACAGUGCCAACUGGACACCGGGAGCAAUCGGUCUCUACACAAUCCACGUCACCAUUGAUGGAAUUGAAAUAGAUGCGGGUUUGGAGGUGGAGGUCAAAGACCCUCCCAAAGGCAUGAUACCGCCUGGGACGCAGAUGGUCAAACCCAAGGCGGAGCCUCAGCCAAGCAAGGUCCGCAAAUUUACGUCCAAGGAUAGCGCAGGCCUGCGCGUGCGCAGUCACCCCUCCCUGCAGAGUGAACAAAUAGGCAUAGUGCAUGUCAAUGGCACCAUCACUUUCAUUGACGAGAUCCACAAUGAUGAUGGCGUGUGGCUCAAGCUCAAUGACGAAACCGUAAAGAAGUACGUGCCCAGCAUGAAUGGGUACACUGAGGCCUGGUGCCUCUCUUUUAACCAGCAUCUGGGCAGGAGCCUUCUGGUCCCCGCCGAUAGUGUCUUUAACGCUAGCCAUGGAGUCAGGGAUAUCGGCUUUUUGUCGUGGACUCCUUUAACUAUAUUCCCACCACAGGAGGUCAGGGGCCAGACGGAGGACACCACAAAGGAGGUGAGCAGCUGCCCUUCCCACGAAGCUCCCGCUCGGGUGCAGGGCGGGGCAGGGCAGGGCGGCGGACCGGGGCUUUAUAAGGUAGUGAAGACCGGCCCCUCUGGUCACAACAUCAGAAGCUGCCCAAACCUUAGGGGUAUCCCCAUUGGAAUGUUAGUACUUGGCAACAUGGUCAAGGCCAUAGGCGAGGUGGUCAACUCAGAGGGCACAUGGGUGCAGCUGGAUAAAAACAGCGUCGUGGAGUUCUGCGAGAGUGACGAGGGAGAAGCCUGGUCGCUGGCCAGAGACCGCGGAGGAAACCAGUACCUUCGCCAUGAUGAAGAACAAGCGCUGCUUGAGCAUGGCGCCCAAACCCCGCCGCCAAGCCCUUUCUCGGUGCAGGCCUUCAACAGGGCUGCAGCAUCCAAUGGAGCACAGGGCUUUGACUAUGGAAUCUCCAACAACAAAGGUGACCGGCUGAGCGCCAUACUGAAUUCCAUUCAGUCUGGGCCCUUCGUCUCAGCAACUCCCUCCUCAAUAUUUGAGGAAGCCACACAACCUCCCCCCUCCUCUUCCUCCUCCUCUUCCUCUUCCUCCUCCUCCUCUUCUUCUUCUUCCUCCUCCUCCUCCUCCUCCCUUGUCCACAGUCCGUUUGUGUUUGGACAGUCCCCCUCCCAACUGUCUCAGCCGCAACCACAGCUUCUGAAUGAUUCACCACGCAGCCUUGCUUCUCGCGAGCGUGCACGCAAAAGCGGCGUGGCCGCGGCCGGGCAUGCCACUGCUCUCUCAUCUCUUGCUCUGAGGCAAAAGGGUGAGCGAGGGAACCUGAUGCCCGGUGCACGGUCCAUGUCCCCGGCCUCCAAACACCGCCUGGAGAACCGUUCUCUCAAGCAAGAAAGUCGAGGGAGUCGCAUGUCGGAACAUGGCAGAGUCAAGACGGGUCAGGACGGCUCGCUCUCAGCCAGCGACGCCCUCAUACUGCGCUCCGAUACGGCCAAACUGCGCUCUGACUCUCACAGCCGUUCUCAUUCGCCGAAUCACAACACUCUGCAGGCCCUCAAGUCCGACAUCAGAACGUCAGGACAUAGGUCUGAGUCUCCCAAUGCCGGCUCCCGCUCCUCCUCGCCUAAACAAAAAGGAGUGUCCUCUUCUGGCAGGUCCAGUCCUUCCAGCACCUCCUCCCAGCAUUCCUCUUCAACACACCACGACAAGAACAUCCCGAAAGUUAGCCCGUCAUCCAAAGCCCGGCUCGAACCUCCCCGAGAGAGAUCCAAGUCCGAUUCUUACACUCUGGACCCAGACACCCUUAGGAAGAAGAAGAUUCCUCUGACAGAGCCCUUAAGAGGCAGAUCUACCUCCCCUAAACCAAAACUGUCUCCCAAAGAUCCAAACCAAGACGUUGUCGGUAACACAGAGAACCGUGUUCCUUCCCCCCAUGUGACCCAAGAAAACCUGCACAGCGAGGUUGUGGAGGUGUGUUCCUCAAGCACUCUACUUUCAAACGAGGAUGCAAAUGAUGAAAAUGUGGAGGUGCAGGACUCUGAGGAGGCCUCGUGCAAGGUGCACUUUAGCAUCGGCAAGGCACCAGUCAAGGAGGAGCUGGAGAGUCGCUCUUCGCCCAAAGUCAGCCGCAAAACCUCCAGUCGGCACGCCCGGCCAAAGAAGGACAAAUCCGGACCGCUCUUUAAAGGUGAGAGCACGCAGAGGAUAUGCGAGCCUGCCAAGCAGGCCAUGUCCCCAUCUGUGGCGGAAUGCUCCCGGGCGGUCUUUGCAGCGUUCCUGUGGCAUGAAGGUAUUGUCCACGACGCCAUGGCCUGUUCAUCCUUCCUCAAAUUCAACCCGGAUUUAACCAAAGAGCACGCGCCCAUACGCAGCUCCCUCGGAGGCCAGGGCGCCGAGGAGAAGGAAAGCAAGCUGAAGAACCGCCACUCCCUUGAGAUUUCUUCCGCACUUAACAUGUUUAACAUUGCUCCGCAUGGUCCGGACAUCUCCAAAAUGGGCAGCAUCAACAAAAACAAGGUUCUCUCCAUGUUGAAGGAACCACCAUUGCCAGAAAAGUGCGAGGACGGCAAAGGGGACGCCGUUUCCUUUGAGAUAUCGUCCCAUCCCUCCAUGAGAGCAAAAUCCAUCCUGCCUUUGACGCUGCAGCACUUGGUCGCAUUCUGGGAGGAUAUAUCCUUGGCCACCAUCAAGGCCGCGACUCAGAACAUGAUCUUCCCCAGUCCGGGGUCGAGCGCCAUCCUCAAGAAGAAGGAGAACGAAAAGGACAGCAAAAAGGCCAAGAAGGAGAAGAAGAAGCGGGAAAAAGCUGACGUGCGGCCGAGGGGCAAUCUAUUUGGAGAGAUGGCGCAGCUGGCAAUGGGCGGACCGGAGAAGGACACCAUCUGUGAGCUGUGUGGGGAAUCUCAUCCUUACCCCGUCACCUACCACAUGAGACAGGCUCACCCAGGUUGUGGCCGCUAUGCUGGGGGACAAGGAUACAACAGCAUCGGUCACUUCUGCGGUGGCUGGGCUGGCAACUGUGGCGAUGGAGGCAUUGGAGGCAGCACCUGGUAUCUAGUGUGCGAUCGCUGCAGGGAGAAGUACCUGAGAGAGAAGCAGACUGCAGCCAGGGAGAAGGUGAAGCAGUCCAGGAAGAAGCCACUACAGGUGAAGACCCCGAGAGCCCUGCCUACCAUGGAGGCCCACCAAGUGAUCCGGGCCAACGCUUUGUUCCUGCUGUCACUCAGCAGCGCCGCUGAGCCCAGCAUACUGUGCCACCACCCUCCCCGGCCGCUUCAUUCCCAGCUGCUUCCAAGCCUCAAGGAGGGCGUGUCGGCCGAGCUUCCCAAUAAAAUGAGCUGCCUCUACCUACAGACACUCGCCAGGCAACACACGGAGAACUUUGGCGCCUACCAAGACGACAAUCUCUUCCAAGAUGAGAUGAGGUAUUUGCGAUCCACGUCGGUUCCUGCGCCCUACAUUUCGGUUACCCCCGACGCCUGCCCGAAUGUUUUUGAAGAACCGGAGAGCAACAUGAAGUCAAUGCCUCCCAGCCUCGAGACCAGCCCGAUCACAGACAGCGACACAGCCAAGCGCACUGUUUUCCAGAGGUCUUACUCCGUCGUUGCCUCAGAGUACGACAAGCAACACUCACCCUCUCCGGCCAGAGUCAAAGCCGUUCCCAGACGCAGGGUCCACAGCGGUGAUGCGGAGGUGGGUUCUUCCCUGUUGCGCCACCCUUCUCCUGAACUGUCCAGGUUGAUAUCCGCCCACGGCUCCCUCAGCAAAGGCGAGAGGAACUUCCAGUGGCCCGUGCUGGCAUUUGUCAUCCAGCAUCACGAUCUGGAGGGCCUGGAGGUGGCCAUGAGGCAUGCACUGAGGAAGUCCGCAUGCCGGGUGUUUGCCAUGGAGGCAUUCAACUGGCUCCUGUGCAAUGUGAUCCAGACCACUUCUCUGCAUGACAUCCUGUGGCAUUUUGUAGCGUCUCUAACUCCAUCGCCUUUUGAACCAGAAGACGAGGAAGAUGACGAAACCAAGGGCAUCAAAGAAAACCUUGAACAGGAACGAGACCUCGGCGUUUGUGAGCACCCUCUGUCCGACAUAGUUAUCGCAGGGGAGGCGGCCCACCCGCUCCCCCACACUUUCCACCGCCUCCUCCAGACCAUCUCCGACCUCAUGAUGUCACUUCCUAGUGGAAGCUCGCUUCAGCAAAUGGCGCUAAGGUGCUGGAGUCUCAAGUUCAAGCAGUCCGACCACCAGUUCCUACACCAGAGCAACGUCUUUCACCACAUCAACAACAUACUCUCUAAGUCGGAUGACGGCGACAGCGAGGAAAGCUUCAACAUCAGCGUUCAGUCAGGCUACGAAGCCAUUAGCCAGGAUCUCUGCUUGGUCACCUGCCUGAAAGACCUGACCAGCGUGGUGGACAUCAAGACAUCCAGUCGUCCCGCCAUGAUUGGCAGCCUGACGGACGGCUCCACUGAGACCUUCUGGGAGUCCGGGGACGAAGAUAAAAACAAAACCAAGAGCGUCACCAUCAGCUGUGUGAAAGGCAUCAAUGCCUCCAAUGUGUCUGUUCAUGUAGACAACUCCAGGGACCUUGGGAACAAAGUGACCUCGGUGACCUUCCUGUGUGGAAAGGCGAUAGAAGACCUUUGCAGGAUUAAGCAGGUUGACCUAGACUCACGUCACAUGGGUUGGGUGACGAGCGAGCUCCCCGGGGGAGAUCAUCACGUGAUUAAGGUGGAGCUGAAAGGGCCCGAGAACACAUUGAGAGUGCGGCAAGUGAAGGUGCUGGGCUGGAAGGAGGGCGACAGCAUCAAGAUCGCUGGGCAGAUCUCAGCCAGCAUGGCGCAGCAGAAAAAUUGCGAGGGUGAAACGCUGCGUGUGUUUCGCCUCAUCACCUCACAGGUGUUUGGGAAGCUAAUUUGUGGAGAUGCAGAGCCAACCCCAGAGCAGGAGGAGAAAAAUCUCCUUUCGUCUCCAGAAGGAGAGGAAAAGGUACCAUCAGACGCAGACCUCAAAGAGCACAUGGUCGGAAUCAUUUUCAGUCGGAGCAAACUUACCAACCUGCAGAAACAGGUGUGCGCACACAUCGUCCAGGCCAUCCGCAUGGAGGCGACGCGUGUGAGAGAGGAAUGGGAGCACGCGAUCUCCAGUAAGGAGAAUGCCAACUCGCAGCCGAGUGACGACGACGCCUCCUCGGACGCCUACUGCUUUGAGCUGCUGUCCAUGGUGCUGGCGCUGAGCGGCUCCAACGUGGGGCGCCAGUAUCUGGCGCAGCAGCUGACGCUCAUGCAGGACCUGUUCUCAUUGCUGCACACGGCCUCGCCACGCGUCCAGAGACAGGUGACGUCGUUGCUGCGACGGGUCCUUCCGGAGGUGACGCCAGUGCGACUCGCCAGCAUCAUCGGGGUGAAGUCUCUGCCGCCGGCGGACAUCAGCGACAUCAUCCACUCCACGGAGAAGGGCGACUGGAACAAGAUGGGCAUCCUGGACAUGUUCUUGGGCUGCAUUGCCAAAGCGCUCACCGUGCAGUUGAAGGCCAAAGGGACCACCAUCUCUGGCACUGCCGGCAUGGCUGCCGGCAAAGGGGUGACCACUGUCACUCUGCCAAUGAUCUUUAACUCCAGCUACAUCCGGCGAGGGGAGAGUCACUGGUGGAUGAAAGGCUCCACUCCUCCUCAGAUUGCAGAGAUCAUCAUCAAAUUGGUCAAAGACAUGGCAGCAGGUCACCUUUCGGACGCAUGGUCACGAGUCACGAAAAACGCAAUCGCUGAGACUAUCAUAGCUCUCACCAAAAUGGAGGAGGAGCAUCGUUCGCCUGUGCGCUGCAUUGCCACCACCAGGCUGUGGCUGGCUCUAGCUUCCCUGUGUGUGCUGGACCAAGAUCAUGUGGACAGGCUGUCAUCUGGUCGAUGGAUGGGCAAAGAUGGACAGCAGAAGCAGAUGCCAAUGUGCGACAACCACGAUGAUGGCGAGACGGCAGCCAUCAUCCUCUGCAACAUGUGUGGCAACCUGUGCACUGACUGCGACCGCUUCCUCCACCUGCACCGACGCACGCGCUCUCACCAGAGACAGGUGUUCAAGGAGGAAGAAGAGGCCAUCAAGGUGGACCUCCACGAAGGCUGCGGGAGGACCAAGCUUUUCUGGCUCAUGGCACUGGCCGACUCCAAAACGAUGAAGGCCAUGGUGGAGUUCAGAGAACACACAGGUAAGCCUGCGUCGAGCAGCUCAGAUGCAUGCAGGUUCUGCGGAACAAGGAAUGGAACCGAGCUGUCGGCGGUUGGAAGCGUCUGCUCUGACCCCGACUGUCAGGAAUACUCCAAGCUGGCAUGCAGCAAGACGCACCCAUGCGGGCACCCGUGUGGCGGAGUCAAGAACGAGGAGUCGUGCCUCCCGUGCUUGCACGGCUGCGACAAGAAUACGGGCUGCUUGAAGCAAGACGCGGACGACAUGUGCAUGAUCUGCUUCACUGAGGCGCUCUCUGCUGCCCCCGCUGUACAGCUCGAGUGCACUCAUGUGUUCCACCUUCAGUGCACCCGGCGUGUUCUGGAGAACCGCUGGCUUGGGCCCCGCAUCACAUUCGGCUUCAUGUUGUGUCCAAUUUGCAAGAAUAAGAUCAACCACUCGGUGAUCAAGGACCUGCUAGACCCCAUCAAGGAGCUCUAUGAGGACGUGAGGAGGAAGGCGUUGAUGAGGCUGGAGUAUGAGGGUCUGCACAAGAGCGAGGCCAUAACCACGCCGGGCGCACGCUUCCACAACGACCCGGCGGGCUUUGCCAUGAACAGAUACGCCUACUACGUCUGCUACAAGUGCAAGAAGGCCUAUUUCGGAGGAGAGGCCCGCUGCGACGCCGAGGCGGGGCAAGGCGACGACUAUGACCCCAGCGAGCUAAUUUGUGGAGCAUGCUCUGAUGUCUCCAGGGCUCAGAUGUGCUCCAAGCAUGGCACGGACUUCCUGGAGUACAAAUGUCGCUACUGCUGCUCAGUGGCCGUGUUCUUCUGCUUCGGCACCACGCACUUCUGCAACGCCUGCCACGACGACUUCCAGAGGAUGACCAGCGUCCCCAAAGAGGAAUUGCCGCAUUGCCCCGCGGGACCCAAAGGCAAGCAGCUGGAGGGAACCGAAUGUCCCCUGCAUGUCGUCCACCCACCUACGGGGGAGGAGUUUGCUUUGGGCUGCGGCGUGUGCAGGAACGCACACACCUUUUAACCAAGAGUUCCACCAUUGGGAACUGAUAUUGUCCACUGUGAUUUCUGGCCUGUUGGCUGGCUGGUUGGCUGCUGAAGCGCAUUCAGCAUGUGAAGCUUGGCUCCUCCCUGCAGGAAACGUAUGCAGAUUCUCGGGCUAGUCGAGAGCCCUGAGGUCUGCUGUUCUGCCAACCCGGUCAGUAUCCAGGCUCCGUUUUGGAUCCUUUAGGAUACCUGUGCGGAAAAGACGAACAACGAUGAAAAAAAUGUAUACAUAAAGAAGAAAAUAACCUGUGGCGUGUUUGCAUGUGGCCGUCGUAUUCCCUCGGCUUCUCUCCAUGUUGCGCCCCUCCUGGUCACCCAGAUGAAAAUAAAAUCAUCUGAAUUAUUUAAGAGAAAAAAAAAGGAACAGGCCGUAUUUCCAGCUUCUCAGUUAUUAUACAUUUAAAAUGUUGUAUGUAAAACACUUUUCGUAAUCAUGUACAGUAUUCUCCAACUGUCAAGUGCAUACAAAAAGUUUGUCAGGUAAGACUGUUAUAAGAACAUUGUUUAGAAGGAAAAUAGUGUACGAUUUAUCUAAUCUUGUAUAUAAUGCUACUAUUCAAAUUAGCUGUAUUCCGAAAGUUGCUACUUUUCACUUCACUUUUCUUUGAUAUAUUCUGGGUUAUGUUUUGAGCCAGAACUUUGAAUGAAGUGCAAUACUGGGCGUGCCUCCUGUUUUGCAGCUGUUAAAAAAGAAAAAAGAAAAAAAAGUCUUUGGAAUGUAUGUCAAUAAAGCCACUGUACAUUUUUAUACAGUCAACGGC